UCCAUUGCAGCAGACGGCAUGUCUGUCUUUCGAACAGAUAUGGAAUUUGAUCGAAAAUUAAUUGAGCUAAUAAAGGCUAAUCCCAUGCUGUACGAGAAGGAUUUACGUAGUUCACCAUACACGGAUAUGAAAAAGAAAUUCGAGUUAUGGAGUCAUAUUGCAACGUCGUUGAACUGUGACACCAAAUAUUGUCUGCUGCGAUGGAAAAGUUUACGCGGAAAAUAUCGCCGAGAAGUUGCCAAGCUGGGUAAGGAACCAACAUGGGAAUUAUUUGAUCAAAUGAAAUUCAUUGAUAAACACAUUAAAUAUCAAGGUACUCAACGCAAUCUUAAGAGUCCUGAACACCAAAGUGUUCCCUACAACUGUAAUAUGGAGGCUGAGCAGUUAAUCGAAGAAAUCCACGACGAGGAUUAUGACGAUGACCCAUUGCAGGAGGCAAUGGAUGAGCAAAUAAGUACAUUUCAUACAACAAUUUUACCCACAAACAACACAACCACCACAACAAUUAUUUCACCAAUGCAAAAUAGUGGAACAAUGAAACGUAUUGAAGCUCUGCUCGAGGGCUUGGGUGAACAUAAUCGCAGUAAGGCAGAAAAACGUAUUGUGGCCUAUUUGUGCAAAUGUCAGCUGAAAACUUUAAGUAACGAAGAUGUAGACGAUGUGAAUAUUUAA